GUGUUAUCUCAACUCAAGCGUAAUUGAAGGACGAGGGACGAGGAUAAACGUGCGGUGUGUCGUGUCACGUAUUCGAACCUCAAAAAAAAAAAAACGAAACCUAGCUCCCGUGAUUUGUCCGAGUGAGUGACGUGACUUGGAGAGACCUCCUCGCAAGCUAGAGGAUGGAUAGUCAUCAUCAGGCAUCGCGUUUGGUGCUCGCGAUGUCGGCGAGCCUCUUUCUCCUCCUCCUGGCCACGCUGGGCCACGUAGCCGGCUCAGGGGUGUUACAGAUUCGCGGUAUCCCGGUGGCAAAGAACUCGUUGUAUCGUCCGGAUCGCGACUUCGAGUGCCUGGAUGGCAGCCGGUUAAUACCGUUCACGUGGAUCAACGACGAUUACUGCGACUGCGGGGACAGCAGCGAUGAGCCCGGGACGGCGGCCUGUGCCAACGGCUCGUUCUACUGCGAGAACGCCGGACACAAGCCAGCCUACAUACCGUCAUCGUGGGUCAAUGACGGCGUGUGCGAUUGCUGUGACACGAGCGACGAAUAUGCUUCCAGGGCGCACUGUGUAAAUAAUUGCAACGAGUUGGGUCGGGAAGCGCGAUUGGAGCAGCAGAAGGCGGAGCAGUUGGCGCGAGAUGGUAACAAGCUGCGCUUGGAGUUAGUGACAAGAGGCAAAACAAUCAAGACGGAGCAUCAAUCGCGUUUGGUGAAGCUAAGAGCGGACUACGCGGAAGCAGAAUUAAUGAAGAAGGAGAAGGAGAUAUUAAAGACACAGGCUGAGGAACGGGAGAGCUUGGCAUUGGAAAAGUACAAACCCGUCGAGCCGGAACAACAACCGGCAACAGAGGAGAAGCCUGGCGAAGAGGAAGAGGAAUUGAGUGUCUCCGAAGCGGAAGAUUAUUUUAAGAUACUAGAUUCAGAUUCCAGUGGUACAAUAACAGUGGCAGAAUUGCAAACCAGGGCUACGUUCGAUAAAAAUAGGGAUGGGGCUGUGUCGGAAGAAGAAGCACUAUAUUUCCUCAAUGAUAAGAAAGAAGUCACUCUGCAAGAGUUUGUAGAUAUUCCAUGGGCAAACAUAAAACCUUUCUUAAUGUUGGAACAAGGUAUGUUUAAAGCGGCAGGGAAUAAAAAAGAAGAUGAACAACAGCCUUUGGAUGAUUCGGAUCAUGAGAGAGAGGAAGAAGACGAAGAGACAGAAACUGCAGAUACAGAAGAAGAGGAACAAGAAAAUGAACCACAGGAACCAGUAGUCCAAUAUGAUGAAGAAACGCAAGCACUCAUUGAUGAAGCCAAUAGCGCUCGCGAACGUUUUCAGGAAACUGUGAAAGCUGUCAACGAAUUGCAGUCAGAAAUUAGACAGCUGGAGGAAAAACUGGAUCGCGAUUACGGACCAGAAGAAGAAUUCGCAGCGCUCGAUGGCGAAUGCUUCGAAUACACUGAUCUAGAAUAUAUCUACAAGCUAUGUUUAUUCGGUAAAACAACACAGAGAUCCAAAUCUGGCGGCAGUGACGUCAGUUUGGGUCAUUGGUACGACUGGGUAGGAACGGGCGAUAACAAGUACACUAAGAUGAAGUACGAUCAAGGUCUCACUUGCUGGAACGGUCCGGCGCGUUCCACUAUUGUCACCAUGUCGUGCGGAACAGAGAACAAGCUCACCUCGGUGACGGAACCGAGUCGUUGCGAGUACGCGAUGGAAUUCUCCACGCCGGCACUCUGCAAUCCUAGUUCGGCAGACUCCGCGGACAAGCAUGACGAACUGUGAAGUUAUUGCUCCGUUAGUAAAACAAUAAAAGCGCGCGCACGCAUGUGAUCAGUCGCACGUACAAUGUGAAGCGUCAAGCACUUAUGCUCUUCACGGAUUGCGAGAUCGUUACAAGGAUCGAGAAAGCAACGUUGGAAAAACCGUUUUGCAAAUAUUUCCAUACUACAGUCGCAAUUAAUAAUUAAAAAUUUUUCUACUUUUUUCUUUAUUUUAAUAUAUAUUUAUAAUUUGUCCUGAAUUGGAAUAUAUAGUACAUCACAUUUUUUUCUUUCCAUUUUUUUUUUUUUCUAUAACUGAAAAUUACUGUAAACAUCUAUGGGUGACGAGAAAAAGUUCACAAAAGAUGCUACUGUGUAUAGCAUUUUAGUAUCAGUACUUUGUAUAAACUCAACAAGGUAAAAUUGUAAUAUUGAAGAUAAAACAUAUUGUCAACUCAUAGAAUUUAUUCAUGUAUUGGAUUGAUCAAAAAAUCGAUCGUCUUUUUUUUGCAUCAUUCUCACAUACAUAAAUUAUGAAUCGGUUGAAAUAUAUGACAUAUAAAAAUAAACUUGAUAUAUGUAUGUAUAUGUAUAUAACAAAAUUAUGUUAUAUACCUUAUCUUUAAAUUACAUUACUUUACACACGUAUUAAUUAAUAUUAAAAAUAUGUUAAUAAAAAAAGAAAAGAGACGAAAAUAAUUUUUUGAUGAAUCUGAUACAAUACAUGAUACGGAUUUAAAUGAUAAUGCUUAAAUAAUUUGUUUUAAAAGAAAAAGAAAUAUAUUGUAAUUAGAAUAUUUCCCUCCUCGUUUGAAUGCGCUGCUGUAUAUACGAACUACAACGUUACGAUCGCGAUCAAUUAUUCAUCCUUGCAUCCGAAGAGUCCGUUGACUCAGUAUUAAACGAAGAGUGUUGGUUAGUGAUAACAAAGUAAUUUAGCCUCAAAAACCUUAUCUCGUUCCGUGGCACCGAUAAUGAAAUCUAUGCGCAAAGCCAUUGUAUUAAAACCGACUGUUACAUUCCUCUUUUUGUACACGAAGAAGUUACUAUGUGAUCUAAAAAUAAGAUUGAGAUCACGACUAAAUGCCAGAUCCGACAAAACAUACUUUAUACCAAACUUGUACGUAUAUCUCGAAACGACAAGAAACAGAAAAAAACUAUGCACAUAUGCGUACAGACUAUGUUCAGCAUUUAAGUCGGAUAUUUGUAAUUUUUUAACUAUGCGCGAUACUAUGGGGUAUAUUAUGUAAUAAAGAGAGAAAAAGGUUCUGUUGUAACUGUAA